ACACCAGCUGACUCUCAAUUGCCUGAAGCCUCUGGCACAUGCGCAGUAGAGGCGAGCCCCGAGAAUUGGCCUUCCUGAAAUGACAACAAACAGUGAAUCUCCCCUCAUGUGUCUCAAACAUUAAUAAAAUCUCCAUGAAAUAGUUAAAUAAUAACACUUUACCUCAUUAGAACAGCAAACAAGUGAGCAGAGUAAGACCAAUUGUGUAUAUAAAAAAAAAAAUUAAUUGUCCUUUAAAAAAAAUCCUGGUAUAACGGAAAUUGUCACCGUUUUUCGUCUCCUAAGAACAGCAAACAAGUGAGCAGAGUAAAACCAAUUGUGUAUAUAAAAAAAAAAUUAAUUGUCCCUUAAAAAAAAUCCUGGUGUAACGAAAAUUGUCACCGUUUUUCGUCUCCCAAGGACAACAAACAAGUGAGCAGAGUAAAAUCAAUUGUGUAUAUAAAAAAAAUUAAUUGUUCCUUAAAAAAAAUCCUGGUGUAACGAAAAUUGUCACCAUUUUUCGUCUCCUAAGAACUGCAGACACGUGAGCAGAAUAAGACCAAUUGUGUACAUAAAAAAAAAGUUAAUUAAUUGUCAGCCUAAAAAUUGAAAUGGAUAUGGAGGAGAAUAACCCAACCCCUCAGGACCUCCAGCGAAAGCUGUACUUCCUGGUGGAGCAGCUGCAGAACAUGGCAAGUUGUCUCCCCCCAAAGUACCAGAUGCGACUGCCCUACGAGCUCCUCUCGGCCCUGGCCAAUUCCCUCCUGAACGACACGAUCUUUGAAAUAGUCAAGGGGCUCAUGGAGAUCCAGCACGUCACUGAGAAGCACCUCUUCCAACAGCGUCUGCAGUUGUUGAAUAAACAGAAGAUCGAGAUGCAGGAGACACUCGCGAAUUUUAUCACUGAGGAGGACAAACUCACCGCUCAGAUUGCCCUGCAAGUCAAGCACAAAGCUGAGUUGAAGCAGAAUGACAUGAAGCUGGUUAUGCAGCUGGACCAGAAGGUCGCGGACCAGCAGGGCAUCCUGGAGAAGGCUGGGGUUCCGGGGUUCUACGUCACUGAUAAUCCUAUGGAGAUUCAGGUCCAGAUGAGACUCUGCGAUUUCAUCAUUCGUCUGAGCAAAAUGGAGCCCAGCUAGCUGUUUGAAGACGUUUUACUUAGGUUACACUGUUGGAAAUUGUGUGAGAUUUCAUGGAAAAUAUUGUAGCAAAUCCCAUGAGAGUGACAUU